UGGAUCUUCUUUCACCUGGACAAGCUUUGUUUUGAAUGGUUAAUCUUGUUAGGUCCUGUAGUUCUGUUAAUUAGUAUUAUAGUUAACCACUUGAAUUAACUUAUAACUUUAGUUAAGUAAUUUAAAGUUUUAAGUGGGUUGGAAUGUUAUAUAUAAGAAUUGAUAAAUCCGAUUAAGUCACGUGCACAAGCACGCACACAAAUGGAUUCACAUCCUCACCGCAAUAAUCACCAAGCGAAAUGUUGACGUGUAAUGAAAAAUUUCGAGACAUGGGUGUGUAACUAAUUAAUUAAAUAUACUCUGUUAUUCCAUUAGAAUUAGCUGGUGAUCUUAAGUAAGAUCUAUAAUGAGAGUCCUUUCAAUAAUACUAUGCAUUAGUUUGUUUAUAAUAACAUUUGCCAUGGCAAAUAAAGAUUAUUAUCUGAUUCUUGGUGUUGAUAAGAAUGCUAAUGAGAAACAGAUCAAAUCAGCAUAUAAGCAAUUAAGUUUAAAAUAUCAUCCGGAUAAAAAUCCUGGUAAUGAAGAAGCUCAUGAAAAGUUUCUAGAAGUUGGUGAAGCUUAUGAAGUAUUGGGAAAUUCAGAAAAGAGAUCUAAUUAUGAUCAAUUUGGUGAUCCAAAUGGUAGACCUCAACCACAGCAAUUUGAUUUUGGUGAUAUGUUUGGUCAUUUCUUUGGAGGUCAAGGUGGUCAACCGGGUCAAAGAAGAGGUGAUAGUACUCAAGUUAAUAUGAAUGUUGAAUUAAAGGAUUUUUAUAAUGGUAAGUUAUUGGAAUUCGAUCUUCAAAUGAGAAAUAUUUGUGAUGUAUGUGAUGGUACCGGUUCAAAAGAUAAAAAGACUCAUACUUGUAGGAAAUGUGAUGGGUCUGGUUACAUGACUAUAAGACAUCAAUUGGCUCCAGGAAUGUUUCAACAAGUCAGAACCGGUUGUGAUGAAUGUGGUGGAAAGGGUAAAAUUAUUACCAAUAAAUGUAAUUCAUGUCAUGGUCAUGGAGUCAAGAAUGGUCAAAGGCAUUAUGAAGUUUAUGUAAAACCUGGUCAACCUAGAGAUUCUAAUAUUGUACUUCAUGGAGAAGGUGAUAAACAUCCUGAUUUAGUUCCAGGUGAUCUUAUUAUAAAUUUAAGAGAAGAAUUCUCCAAAGGUUGGGGAUAUAGAAGAAUUAACAAUAAUUUAUACAGAACAGAAGUAUUAACCUUAAAUGAAUCUAUAACAGGAGGAUGGCUGAGACUUUUGAAAUUCUUUGAUGAUACUGAAGAUACUAUUAAACUUUCUAGAAAAGAGGGACAAGUAGUUACCCAUGGUGAGAUAGAAGUAAUAAAAGGAAAAGGUAUGCCUGUUUAUGAAGAUCAUGAUCAUGAUGGUACUGGUGAAGAAUAUGGUGAUUUAUUUAUUGAAUAUAAGGUAGUUAUUCCUGGCGCAGAUAUUAUAGCUGAGUAUAAUAAGAAUAAUCCUGUUAGGGAUGAAUUAUAGAGAUUAGAAGAAUCAUACUAUUUUUGACAUAUAUACAUGUAGUUAUAGUUAUUAAUGCAUUAAUUUAAAUUGUA